CAGCGACAGUCGGCAAUCGACACACGACACGCCGUCCACCCGACGAUCUGCUCGAUCACCAUGCGAUUCAAUUCCAAUCCAUCCGUGAGAGCCGUCGCACACAGGCCGGAGUGUCAGCAUUCUGCUCUGUAUUGUCCCUCUAGUGCUAAAUCAUUCCAUUUGCACGUUGAUGUUGUCUUUACUGCCGCACAGUGGCUACCAGUAGCCACCUAUUACUCUCAACUCAUUCUCAGCUUUCAACCAUGGACAACCAGUCGGUCUCACUACCCUUGUCACCCCCAUUGCCAUCGCCACCGCCACCCCUUGGAUAUCGAAGUCCAGAUGCAACGCCGGCCGAGUAUACUGCUGAUCCGCAACAAUGGGAGGUUGGCUUGGAGAAUGCGCGGGAGUUGGGCGGCCAAAGGUUGGAUGAUGCCGCACUGCGGUUCGAAGAAGAUUACGAAAUGGCAAAGGCCCAGCAGGCUGUGCAAAGUGGGGUGGAUGCUGAAAGAGAGAGGCUACUACUCAUCCUGAACAGCGAAAUCAAAGCCGUGGCACAGGAUCUGCUCGCUGCCAUUAUGCUCGCCCUGGAGCAAGGAGCACAGGAAGAUGACAUUGAGAUUCUCUACGCCAAGCAGGAGCUCGCAGCUGCCUACACCGACUGCGAAGAGUUUGACAAGGCCGAAGAGCAAUACACCCAGACGCUCAGUGGUCUGGAAAAGAACCGUCUUUUCGAUGACCUGCUGCAUUGUCGAAGAACAUUGUCUCGGAUGCUCAGGAAAGUUGCCGUGACACGGCGGGACCCGCAGAGCACCAGGGUGAGGGCUUUGUCACUGGUCAUGCAGAACAUCAACCAAGAGGAGAGUUAUGAAGACCCCGAAUCUCUCGAGAAUGACAUCAAACUUUGCGACAUCUUGGUUAUGAACAUUAUAAACUGCACAGAAAACCACGCCCAAGACAAAAUUGUCGAUCCCACCGGCGCCGCCUCAUGGGGCCAUGUUGGCACCCUUCAAAGGACCGCAGCCCUUCUUGCCACGAGCGUCAAGGAAGCCGGACCCAUGUUGACAACACUGCUCCUCCAAGUCAAGAUUAGAACAGUCCAGUUGCUAGCUGUUGACUUGAAGGCCUGGGGCCGUGCUCGAGAAGUCCAUGCGGGGAUGAACGAGAUCCGGAACCCCCUGAGCCUCCAUGACAUUACCGAUGAUAGACUCAAAGUUGCCCUCCAACGCACCUUGGCGGAUCUCGAGUACUGGGACGAGAGCUUGCAGCUCGAGAUGUACGUGUACAUGCGCCAACAAAAAGCGAAGCAGAUGUGGUUGACCGCUUUGACCGUUAUUCGCGUCCUGUCUCGAUGGAGGAAGUUCUAUCAGCAGCGAAAGGCAAUCGCGCAGAGCCAGAACCGGACUGAAUUGAUUGAUACUGGCGAGGAGAUGUCAGACGUGACAGAAGUAAAGCACGUGGAGGAUAAUCCGCAUCAGUCGGACGCUCUCGUCACCGCACAAGCCCCGCCAAAGGAAGCAGGGCAGCGAAUCGAAGAAACCCCAAGCGCGGAUGAUGACUGCAUGGCUCAACCUAAGGAAGAAGUGGGGAUGCCUGGAGACAGUAAACCCGAAGAAUACCUACCCAAAGAAGAAGAAGAGGCACAGCAAAAACCAGAAGACCCGCUCCCCGAGAAAGACGAGCUAGCAGGUACCAAGGUCAAGGAUGAAAAACAUCUAGCUGAAAAAGCUUGCCUCCCUGAAGAUUUCAAGGGAGAGGAUAAGACUCAGCCGGUUGGGAGACCCCAAUACAAUGAUGAAACUCGGCUCGUGGAUGAAUCUUUCUCUCAGCACGAAAAGGAAGAGUUGAUUGACGAAGAUCAUGGGCUGACCCAAGACGAAAGCUCCAAAAAGGUCAAGGGCGAAACGCAGUUGGCAGAAGCCCAACCCAGAGAUCAAACACAGGAAAUGGAAAAAACUCGGUGGAAGGAAGAAGAGCGGCAUGCUGAAGCCGCCCGCCUCGCCCAAGAAGCUCGAGAGGUUGAGCACAAAGUUCAACUCAGAUUAUACGCCGAGGGUCAAGAAAAGGAGCGACUAGCUCAAGAAGAUCGGCUAGCUAAAGAAGCUCGCAUGGCCGAAGAAGUUCAGAGGCUUGAGAAUGCCGAACGUCAAGAACAAGAGCGGCUGGCUCAAGAGAUCCGGGUUGCCGAAGAAAUUCGGCUAGCGGAGGAAGCCAGGAAGGCUGAAGAAUCAAGGCUGGCCGAGGAGAGGCGGCGUUCCCGAGACGAAGCUCAGCGAAGGGAAAAGGAAGCUAAACGUGAAGAAGAAGAAGAGCGGCUCGCUGAAGAAACUCGGCUGCUGAAAGAAGCCCAAGCCACAAAUGACGGCCAGCUAAAGGAAAACGCCCUACCAUCUAACGAAAACCACCGAAGCGGAAGCACCGAGGGCACGGGCCCGAUUGAACGUGAGCAAAAAGCUCAGGGCGAGAACAACGUGCAGCCAGAGCUGCUUGACUCAAUUGUUGACUCCCUUGCUCGAAGGGAAACUGGAUUCACCGAAGUCUUCAGCGACGGAGAAGAGGACGAUGACGAGCUUGCGACCUAUACGAGCGGUAAAGUGUCUGGGACGCUUUUUGACGCGAACCAUGCCAAGUCUAGCAAACUCAGUACCCAGUGGAUUGAAACAAUGAAGGAAUUCUCGAGUAAGACGCUGGCAAACACGAACGCGUCUUACCCUCUCAGAGCUCGUGUCGCUGUUAUAGAUACAGGGAUUAGCGCCGACCACCCGAAAAUCAGCAAACUCUGGCAAUGGAGCGCCAAAGGAGGACAGCCCGCCGACAGACCUUCUCGCUUCCGCGACUUUUCGGAAAGGAAGCCUGGCGAUGAUGAACAAGGCGAACCGACAGACCCCGGGCUGGAUGUUCCCGUGGACGAGGAUGGCCACGGCACCUUCAUUGCAGGGCUGCUCCUCAACCUGGUCCCGGGGCUUGAGCUGUCGGUUGCUAGGAUUGGGAAAACGCGCAGUUCGAUCCAGAACGACGAUCCAGAGCAUCUCUCAUACAGAGUCGGCAAGGCAAUCGAAUACGCAGUCAAGGAAUGGAAAUCUGAAAUAAUAUCAAUCUCCUUUGGGUGCGAAAAGUCUGCGUUUGUGACGCGGAAGCUCAAGGAAGCUAUUUAUCACGAUGUCAUCGUUCUCGCUGCAACCGGAAACUCUGGUAACAGCAAAAUACCGCCAUUUCCAGCCAUGCAAGACGGUGUCUUCAAGGUCUAUAGCUGCACGGCUUUUGCAAGGGCAGACGAGACGACGGGAACGCCAUGGGACAGCAUCAAUAGUUUCCAUACCCUGGGCCGCGACAUCGAGUCCAUCUGGCCAGGGCAUCUUGCCAAGAAUGCUGGAGACGAGGUACAGCUCAAGUGUAAGACGGCUCGAAAGACCAAGAGUGCCCAAGCCGAGGCUCAAGCCGAGCAUUCUUGUUCAUCCCAAUGCAACACAUCGACCGUCAUGAGCGGGACCUCAUUUGCGACCCCGAUAGCGGCGGCCAUGGUGGCUAUAGUUUAUCAGUUCUACAAUACGCACAGGGACCAAAUAGACCUGAGACUUCUGAGCACGGCCGACAAACUCAAAACCAUCAACUCGUCCCAUUCUCUAUCUGCAUCCGCCGCGCCAUGA